AUGAAAUUAAUGAAAGUUUUAGGAUAUAUUAACAUCAUCACGAAUUGCGUAAAUGGGAUUUUAUGCAAAGGAGAUAAGAAAAGAUAUAGCAUAUUUACAAAUAAUUAUAUUUAUUCAAUAAGCACAUUAAAUAAUUAUUCGUUUGUUGCAACCAUGAAUAAAACGCCUGCGUGGGUUAAUGAAAAAUGCCCAGAGCAUAAAAGUUAUGAUAUUGUUGAAAAAAGAUAUAAUGAGAGUUUAAAAUUGACUUAUACUGUUUAUGAACAUAAAAAGGCCAAAACACAAGUUAUAGCAUUAGGGUCAAAUGACCCAUUAGAUGUUGAGCAAGCAUUUGGAUUUUAUGUUAAAACGUUGACUCAUACAGAUAAAGGGAUACCCCAUAUAUUAGAGCAUACGGUUUUAUCUGGCUCGAAAAAUUUUAAUUAUAAGGAUUCUAUGGCGUUAUUAGAAAAGGGAACGUUAAAUACACAUCUGAAUGCUUACACAUUUAAUGAUAGAACUAUAUAUAUGGCUGGGUCAAUGAAUAACAGAGACUUUUUUAAUAUAAUGGCAGUAUAUAUGGAUAGUGUAUUCCAACCAAAUGUUUUAGAAAAUAAAUUUAUUUUUCAAACAGAAGGGUGGACAUAUGAAGUUGAAAAAUUAAAAGAAGAAGAAAAGAAUUUAGAUAUUCCUAAAAUCAAAGAUUAUAAAGUUUCAUUUAAUGGUAUUGUAUAUAAUGAAAUGAAAGGAGCUUUUAGUAAUCCAUUACAAGAUUUAUAUUAUGAGGUUAUGAGAAAUAUGUUUCCUGAUAAUGUUCAUUCAAAUGUUAGCGGUGGUGAUCCAAAAGAAAUCCCAAACUUAUCUUAUGAAGAAUUUAAAGAAUUCUAUUACAAAAAUUAUAAUCCCAAAAAGAUUAAAGUAUUUUUUUUUAGUAAAAAUAAUCCAACCGAAUUAUUAAAUUUUGUAGAUAAUUACUUAUGCCAAUUAGAUUUUACUAAAUAUAGAGAUGAUGCUGUGGAACAUGUAAAUUAUCAAGAAUAUAGAAAAGGGCCCUUUUAUAUAAAAAAAAAAUUUGCUGACCAUUCAGAAGAAAAAGAAAAUUUAGCCUCGGUUUCAUGGUUGUUGAAUCCAAAAAAACAUAAAAAUUCAGAUGCUGAUCUAAGUUUAGAAUCCCCAACAGAUUAUUUUGCAUGGUUAAUAAUAAAUAAUUUAUUAACCCAUACAUCGGAAAGUGUAUUAUAUAAAGCUUUAAUAGAAAGUGGUUUGGGUAAUAGUAUUGUUGAUAGAGGUCUAAAUGAUAGUUUAGUUCAAUAUGUUUUCAGCAUAGGGUUAAAAGGAAUUAAGGAAAAAAAUGAGAAAAACAUAAGUUUAGAUAAAGUACAUUAUGAAGUCGAAAGGAUUGUUUUAGAAGCUUUGAAAAAAGUUGUUAAAGAAGGUUUUAAUAAAUCAGCUGUAGAAGCAGCCAUAAAUAACAUAGAAUUUGUUUUAAAAGAAGCAAAUUUAAAAAUAUCAAAAAGUAUAGAUUUUGUUUUUGAAAUGGCAUCAAGAUUGAAUUAUGGAAAAGACCCAUUACUAAUAUUUGAAUUUGAAAAGCAUUUAAAUGUUGUUAAAGAUAAGAUAAAAAACGAACCCAAAUAUUUAGAAAAGUACGUUGAGAAACAUUUAUUAAAUAAUGAUCAUCGUGUAGUCAUCUUGCUUGAAGGUGAUGAAAAUUAUGGAGCUGAACAAGACAAAUUCGAAAAAGAUAUGUUAAAAAAAAGAAUAGAAAGCUUUACAGAAAAGGAAAAAGAAAAUGUUAUAACUGAUUUCGAAAAUUUAACAAAAUAUAAAAAUGCAGAAGAAUCACCAGAACAUUUGGAUAAAUUCCCAAUUAUAAGUAUAUCUGAUUUGAAUGAAAAAACAUUAGAAAUUCCAGUAAAUCCAUUCUUUACUAAUUUAAAUAAUGAAAACAAUAUGCAAGAUUACAAUAAAACGAAAGAUAACCAAAAAUUGAUUAAGGAAAAUAUGGAUCGUUUUAUAAAUAACUACAUUCUUAAUAAGGAUGGAAAUAAUAGUAAAAAUGCUGAUGUACCAAUGUUAGUAUAUGAAAUACCUACAAGUGGCAUAUUAUAUUUACAAUUCAUAUUUUCAUUGGACAAUUUAACACUUGAAGAGUUAAGCUAUUUAAAUCUUUUUAAAAGUUUAAUUCUUGAAAAUAAAACAAAUAAAAGAUCUUCUGAAGAUUUUGUUAUUUUAAGAGAAAAAAAUAUAGGUAAUAUGAUGACAAAUGUAGCAUUAUUAUCUACUAGCGACCGCUUAAAUGUAACUGAUAAAUAUAAUGCAAAAGGUUUUUUUAAUUUUGAAAUGCACAUGCUAAGCCAUAAAUGUAAUGAUGCUUUAGAAAUUGGUUUAGAAGCAUUAAAAGAGUCUGAUUUUUCAAAUAAAAAAAAAGUAAUUGAAAUUUUGAAGAGAAAAAUAAAUGGAAUGAAAACAACUUUCGCUUCAAAAGGACAUUCUAUAUUAAUAAAAUAUGUUAAAUCUCGUAUCAAUUCGAAAUAUUUUGCUUAUGACCUAAUACAUGGUUAUGACAAUUAUUUAAAAUUACAAGAGCAAUUAAAAUUAGCCGAAACUGACUAUGAAUCUCUUGAAGCUAUAUUAAAUAGAAUCAGAAAAAAAAUAUUUAAAAGAAAUAAUUUAAUAAUGAAUGUAACAGUUGAUCCAGGAACUAUUGAUCAGUUGUUUGCUAAAUCAAAAAAUUCGUUCAAUGAUUUAUUGUCAUAUUUUGAAGAAAAUGAAUUAGAAUGCAGCAAAGAUGAUAAUUGUAAUAAUGUUGUUGGAUGGAAUAAAGAAAUACAAGAAAAGAAAUUAUUGGAGGGAAACGAUAAAAAAAAAGAAUUACUUGUCGUCCCAACAUUUGUAAAUUCAGUCUCCAUGUCUGGAGUUAUGUUUAACAAAGGUGAAUAUCUUGACCCAAGCUUUACUGUUAUCGUAGCAGCAUUAAAAAAUUCAUACUUAUGGGAAACAGUUCGAGGCCUUAAUGGUGCUUAUGGUGUAUUUGCUGAUAUUGAAUAUGAUGGUACUGUUGUAUUUUUAUCAGCAAGAGAUCCAAAUUUAGAAAAAACAUUGCAAACAUUUAGAGAAGCAGCUCAAGGUUUAAGAAAAAUGGCUGAUGCUAUGACAAAAAAUGAUUUAUUAAGAUAUAUAAUCAAUGCUAUUGGAACAAUUGAUAGACCUAGAAGAGGUGUUGAAUUGAGUAAGCUUUCCUUUUCAAGAAUUAUAUCAAAUGAAACUGAACAAGAUAGAAUUGAAUUCAGAAAUAGAGUUAUGAACACUAAAAAAGAAGAUUUUUAUAAAUUUGCAGAUUUAUUAGAAAAAAAAGUUAAAGAAUUUGAAAAAAAUAUUGUAGUUAUAACUAAUAAAGAAAAGGCAAAUGAAUAUAUAAAUAAUGUUGAUAAAGAUUUUAAAAAAAUACUUAUCGAAUAA